UUCCCGUCCAGUGGACGAAGUUUCCAGGAAAUUCAGGCUCAGCUGAAUGAGGUGGCAGCUGGCCUUAACCAGUCAGCCAAUGAGGUGGUCCAGGCAUCUAGAGGGACCACCCAGGACCUGGCCAGGGCUACCAGCAAGUUUGGACAAGACUUCAACACCUUCCUGGAUGCUGGGGUUGACAUGGCUGGAACCUCCCAGUCCAAAGAGGAUCAGACACAAGUAGUGUCCAACCUGAAAACUAUCUCUAUGUCAUCAAGCAAGCUGCUGCUUGCAGCCAAGGCUCUGUCCACCGACCCCAGCUCACCCAACCUGAAGAACCAGCUAGCAGCAGCAGCUCGGGCAGUAACAGACAGCAUCAACCAGCUCAUCACUAUGUGCACUCAGCAGGCUCCAGGUCAGAAGGAGUGUGACAACGCUCUCAGAGAGCUGGAGUCAGUGAAAGGGAUGCUGGAGAACCCCACAGAGGCAGUGAAUGAGCAGUCGUUCUUCGAGUGCAUUGACGGCGUCAUGGAGAAUUCUAAGGUUCUUGGUGAGUCCAUGGCAGGCAUUUCACACAAUGCCAAGAAUUCUAACCUGCCUGAGUUUGGAGACUCAGUCAGUGCUGGAUCCAAAGCAUUGUGUGGUCUCACUGAAGCAGCUGCACAGGCAGCUUAUUUGGUGGGAGUGUCAGACCCUAACAGCGUAGCAGGUCAGAAAGGUCUUGUGGAUCCCACUCAGUUUGCACGGGCUAACCAGGCUAUCCAGAUGGCCUGCCAGAACCUGGUGGAUCCAGCCUGCACCCAGUCUCAGGUUCUUUCUGCAGCGACCAUUGUUGCCAAACACACUUCAGCUCUGUGCAAUGCCUGCCGCCUGGCCUCUUCCAAAACACCUAACCCUGUUGCCAAGAGACAGUUUGUCCAGUCAGCCAAAGAAGUGGCCAACACCACUGCCAACCUGGUGAAAUCUAUAAAGGCUUUAGAUGGAGCCUUUAAUCAGGAGAACAGAGAGAAGUGCAAGGCUGCUACUGGCCCUUUGAUAGAAGCUGUGGACAACCUGACUGCCUUCGCCUCAAACCCAGAGUUCGCCAGCAUUCCUGCUCAUAUCAGUCCGGAGGGGCACGCAGCCAUGGAGCCAAUUUUAACAGCAGCACAGAUGAUGCUGGAGAGCUCGACGGGCCUGAUCCAGACCGCCCGGUCCCUGGCGGUCAACCCCAAAGACCCCCCUAAGUGGUCGGUGCUGGCGGGACACUCGAGGACAGUGUCUGACUCCAUAAAGAAGCUCAUCACGAACAUGAGAGAAAAGGCUCCAGGCCAGAGAGAAUGUGAUGACGCUAUAGAGGUGUUGAACGGUUGCAUCCGUGAGGUUGACCAGGCCUCUCUGGCUGCAAUAAGCCAACACUUAACACCCCGAGAUGACAUCUCUAUGGAGGUAAAGACGGCUCUAAAUGCUACUUUUCCUCCUCUGUGGUUCAUAAUAAGCUUUAAAAGUUGACAAGAAAAAGUUAUU